AUGUGGCCUAACGUCUCCUGGACUAUCGGCGCUGUACGACACCAAAAUUCACGAGGUGAGGCUCUGAUUUGCCGGUGCAAGAAGAAUCCUCACGAUUCGGCGUGGGAUGCAAUCAUCCGAACCACUGGCGGAGGUCUGGACCCGUCAGCUUGUAAGAAGAUUCGUGUUGGUUCAAGGCCUGUUCCCAGUCCUCUAUUGGAUCUGCGGGUGAGUGCCCCGUCAAGGUGGCAACGGGAGUAGUGGUACUGUCGGGGUGCUGAACACUAAAACUAUUAUUUUCCUAGGAUACCAUUAUGCCUUAGGGCGACAGGAAGACAAAAGAAGGCACCAGGAACUUUCAUAUCAGAUCGUUGCCUAAACGUGGUGCGUCAGCGACUGAUCUAUGAAGCCGCAGAAGGCUGGAUCACAAGGCUCCAUAUUGGUCUAACUGUCUUAUUCAAAGUCCAUACAUGGAGAUAUACGCUUGAAGCGUAUAUUCUAGUUAGACGCAGUCCGCUCUCUGCUGUCAUGGCUGGGCGUGUGUGUGUGAAUUGCUGAGGUGUGGAGUGGGACGCCAAAGAACGGGCUCGACAGUGCCAUCCAUCUGCGCCCUCCCCCCGCCAACAUUUCGGUGGGCGGUGGCAGAGCCGUUUGCCGACAGUCGUCGCGCACGCGGGAACCCCUUCCGCCACUUUCCUAGUUGGUCCACAACCUGGUCAUUCGCUGUGUGGACCAGGAGGUGUGCAGUGGGGCGCCAAUGCGCGGGCUCAACCUUGCCAUCCACCUGCGCCCUCCUCCGCCUCUGGUCUUCUUAACUCUGUCUUCACACCGGGUCCAGGUGGGGCAGAAGGAGGAGGAGGAUGAGGAGGAGGAGGAGGAGGAGAGUGUGGUAGAUACUGUGCAAGUCUGCUGUCAGUCCAAACUAACUCACGCACAAUUCGCCUUGCCUGCUUCACCUUGCCGUAUAGCACACGGUUGA